GCAGAAAGGGCGGGAAAUGCUUAAACGCGGGAAUUUCUGCUCGAGCCGCCACUCGGUCGCUGCGAUUUUAUUUAUUUAUUUUCAAUAUUUUUCCAUCCGUCUUUGCGCACCGUGGUUGCGAUGGCAGAAAAUCAGGCCGGCUGCGGUUCUCCCAAGCGCGUCUCUGUCAUUAAAACCACGCCGAUUAAGCCGAAACGCAUGGAUGUGACGCCCACCAGCCCCGGAUUCAGCGAUUUCAUGGUGUAUCCGUGGAAGUGGGGUGAGAACGCGCACAAUGUCACCCUCAGCCCCGGCGCCUCCUUCACCGGCAACGGCGGCAGGGACUCCCAGCGCGGUCCCGCUGGAGCCGCGGCUCUCGAUCGGGAGCUGGAACAUCUCUCGCAGGAUGGAACAAGACGCGGCCGCCCAAGAGCAGAGCUAAUCCGUGAUCUCAUAAAUGAGGGUGAGCACUCCUCUAGCAGAAUCCGCUGCAAUACUUGUAACCGAGUGUUUCCCCGUGAGAAGUCCUUGCAAGCACACAAGAGAACGCACACGGGUGAAAGACCUUAUUUAUGUGACUAUCCGAACUGUGGGAAAGCAUUUGUUCAGAGUGGCCAAUUAAAAACUCACCAGCGCCUUCACACUGGGGAAAAGCCAUUUGUUUGCUCUGAAACUGGCUGUGGGAGCAGGUUCACACAUGCCAACCGUCAUUGUACCAAGCAUCCUUACGCACGCUUACGAAGAGACGAAGUGUCCAAUGGUGCCAACAAGACACAGGCCGCGGACAAUGACGCUGUUGCAGAGUGGCUGACGAAAUACUGGGAGAUGCGAGAACAGCGCAUGCCAUCCGUGAAGAACACAGGCCGGAAGGCUGACCAGGAGCAGCAGGACCCCAUGGAGUUCAUCCAGUCUGAUGAAGACGAGGAUGAAGAAAAAAACGGGCCACAUGCUGCCGCACACCGCCGCCUGCAAGAGCAACGGGAGCGGCUACAUGGUGCCCUUGCUCUCAUUGAGCUGGCAAACUUAACUGAAGCAUAGUUGCUCCAGUAGAUAUGAUACAAUGCAUGUAUCUCAUGAAGGGAACUGUCUGUGGACUAGUGCACGGGCAGAAGGAAUGCACCUUAUAUUUUGCUUCUUAAUAGGCUGCUAUUAUGUAGAAUUUAAGAUGAUGAUGAAUGUUGUUGCCCUUGGUUAAAGGAGCACAAGUGUUAUGCACUUUUUGUCCAGAAGAAGUUUAUAUAAAGUUUUAGUUCGGUGGAAUGUUGCAGAGCUUUGAAAGAUCAGAUAAUGUAGGGCAGGGAAGGGUAGAGAACCUGCUAGUGCCACAUUCUAGCUAUUGCAAGAAUAUACAACUUGCAUUUGUAGUACAAAAUUCGCACUGUUUUAUGACAUGUUAGAUAAGCAGUGCCUUUGUGAGAUCCAUCUUGCAAAUCUAGCUUCCAGUAAACUUCAGUAUCUACUUAGCAACAGCAAACUGUAGUCUUGAAAGAAAAAGAGAAUGUUAACUAGUAUUUGAAACAGAAAAAAUAUUUUCAGAAGGAACACUUAAAAGUGUAGCAUGACCCUUUCCAGAAAGUAACUGAAGCUGUCAAUAGUUGAAGUUUGUGUUUCCAGUAUUCAGGUUAUUUUGUUUCUUUUGUCAAACAAAAUCCUGUUCUGUUCCAACAGGAACUUCUGUUUUUUUUUCUCCCCAGCAAUCCUUUGAAAUGCACUGUUCAUGAUCUACUUGAGAACCACUUGGAAGGGUAGUGGAGUGAAUUUUAUUUUUUCCAUCAAUAGAUGUCUUGAUUUAUUGGGGAACAAGUCAUUCACUAGAUAUGGGAAUUGAGUAAGUUUGACUAAACGGGAACCACCUUAACAUGUAUUCUCAUAAACUACCAGUAAAAUAGCAAGCUUUGAAUACUUGUAUAAAAAUUACCAUAUCCUUGUAGAUUUAAAAGGCGUGACAUAAAGUUUCAUCAUACUGUAGGAUGAAGCAUUAGUACCACUGAGCCCUUGUCUUAUAAUAACCAACAUGGGGAAUGCAGAUUACUUUGAUUUUUGGAAAGAAUAAUCAUUCAGUUUGGUUGCAGCAGAUAUUUAAAAUGAGUUUUUGCCCCCUCAGUGGUGUUGGGAAAAUUUGUAACAUCUAAUCAGGGAUGGUUAUAAUUGAACAUUGGCACUUGUAUAGUUGCUGAAGUAGAAGUGAGAGCAUAGCACUGGACUUGUUCUUUUUAGAGCACUAUAAGUACAGAGGCACAAUACUUCUGUGCAAAACGUAAGACAAAUUGCACCUUUUGUGUGUUUAUAAAUACAACCUGUAUUCCAUCAAAUGGACUUGAGCAAUCCUGUGAGAUCUGGAUCUUGAUUUAAGGCAAUGUCACGACAAAUAAAAAUUGCAGGAUUUGUUGUAUUGUGACUUUUAUUAAAUUGUAGUUAACAAUUUAGCAAGUACUUGAAACAGUGAAGAUAUUAGUUUCUAAACAAAACAAGUUGUCUACCUUAAUUUGAUUAGUGAAAAUGCAAGCUGAGGGCUCUGCAAGAGAAAUGUGGCACCCAUUAAUUUAAGUUGUUAGUCAAGUUUGUACCAGGUGAUUUUUGGUGAUGGAAGAAGUUUUGUUGACUUACAUGUUGGCAACACUACAUUGUAUUGCUGUGUGUCUGUAGUUUAAUAUAGUCUUUGCAGUUUUGUUGCUUGCAGUUAUUAAAAUUUAACAAGAAAACAUGUCCUCUUUGUUGGACAGCUUCAAUUUGUUUUACCAUAAUCCAGUAUUCUCUGCCUUGUGCUUUCUGGUAAAAUAUUUAGUUGCUGCGUGAAAUUUAAAAUUUGCUAAGUUGAAAAGCUUGACAUGCAGUCAUACAUGUCAUCAACUGUCAUUGUUGCAUAGAUUUUGCACCAACAGUUUUUGCAGCAUCGACUGAAGCAACUGAGAAUCUGCCAUUUUUCAACAAUAAAAAGCAGCAGUAUAGCCUUGAUGUCCAUACAUUGGGGAUUUCUGUUUUUCUAAAACUAUUAUGCCAAUCAGAUUCUGUUUAAAUGUCCUUUAUCAGCUAAUUAGAUAUUGUUGUAUGUAAUUGAAAGUUAUUUAUUUUAGAUUAGCAUUGGAUGUAGCUGAUGCCAUUUCAAUUGUGUAUUUUAUGUAGAAGCUGUUCUAAACGUGGAGAUGUAUAAACUCACUUUGUUGGAAGCUAAAUAUCACGGUACAGCAGCAGAUGCUGCAGUUAGGUGAAUGCUGACUCUUAAAGACAAGCAUUGCCACAAUGGCUAGAAGCUUGAACUGCUUCCUGUUUUUACCAUGUCAUGCGUACAAGCUGGGAGCAAAGUGCAUAAGAUUUAACAGGGAAACCAUGUAAUAAUCUUUCCAAGUUUUCUAUAGUUCUGGAAAAUAUUGUGGGUUCGUACAACUUUUAAUUGGUGAAAGAAGUUGGGUUUCCAAAUGAGAGUGCCUUCCCUGAGAGGAAGCUGCAUUUUUAUAUCCUUAAUUUUGUUGUUAAAAAAAAUUGUAACAUUUAAUUGAUUUGUGACCAGUUCAAAUUUAAACGGAUUUGUGUAACCGAAGGGGAAAACCUGUAAUGUUAUGUUAGCAUCACUGACUUGUAAGGUUGUUUGUCAUCUGCUCUUGCCAAGCUAAAGACUGGUGUGCCUUGUUUGUACGUUAAUAUGGUAUUACAACUAAAGUUGAUUGACAUCUCCAGCACCCCCACCUUCCAUUACUGCUCAUGUUGUGAAGUAAUCAGUUUUGUCAUUACAAUUCUCUACCUAAACCCACCUCCAUGCUUCUCCUCUCUUGGCUGGAACCAUUCCCUUUCCCCUUUCUGCUCUUUGGCCCAUGUUUCCUUUUUGGGGCACAUCAGAAUCUCGGUGCAUCACAUGAAUUCCCCAAAUGAUUUUGAAGGUCUACAUUUCUUCAUUUCUACUGAUUACAGACCUUUAUACUUUGCAUUGCAUAGCACCACCCAGUGGUUCUGCCUUCGGAAAUACAAAACAACUAGUUUUGGAAAGCAGCUGAAUUUCAAAGAUUGAAAGGAUUUGGGAAAUACGUAGUUAAUGUUCAUUGUUGGGCCAGUCCUACUUUGACAGUGAUCCUUCACUACUUCCACAAAUCUAAAUCCCAGCUGAUGUUUGAAAUGUCACUGUAAAAAGGAAUGCUGGAAGUUAGUAUGAGUGGGGGGUGAGGACAAAGAAUGAGAAGACAUUCGUUCUAUGUUUUGAAAUAACAUGAGAUUUAAUUUUAGAGUUAAAAGUAUGUAUGUUUUGCACUUUGUUUUAACAAUUUUUCUGGUUGGAUUGUUUUUUAUCUUUGUUCUUGAAUGAUAAAACUGAAAUCCAUAUUUCUCUUAUUCUUCCAAUCUUUUGUAUUUUAAUAAUCCCUUGUGGUGUGACCGAUUAACAAUGCUUUAAGCUAUUUCAGAGUGAGGUUUGUCACCAGCUUGAAUUCAUUCUGGCUUCUUUCAUUGAGCAUCCUGGUAAAUCUGCUGAAUUUUUGAUCAGUACUCUAAAUAAAUAUCGGUA